CCAUUUUGUUUGUGCUGAGAGAGUGAAGGAGGCAGGAGCGACCGAAAAAAAGACACUCGCGCGACGACCACUGCGACUCUGAGCGCCGCCGGCUCGGUCCUCGCGGAUCCAAACCGGAUAAAACACAACCCGGGCGAUUAGCGGAGGGAGAUUAUAGAUUCUGCCGUGUGGAAAUCAAAGAGCGGACUGGUUUUUCCUUUCUUUUACUGAUCUUUUUUUAAACGAAGCGAAGAGGCGGAAGAGAGCAAUACAUUUAAACGAAGGGAAGCUCGUCAGGGGAAAAGGAAAAUAACAGCGUCACGAAGUGGGAAUAACUGUUAAAUUGCAUCGCCGGUUGCUGGCGGACGACAGCGAAAGUGGGAAAAAUUGCAGGAACUGUGCAAGAGAAGGGAGAAAUUUAAAAGGGAUGAACGCGCAGGGGGGUUCACGGCAUCACAAAGCCUAUGAAGGGGGUUUGAGGACCCCCAGAUUUUGGGGGGUGCAGCUGGCAAUAUCACCCGGAUCGGCAGAUGCUUCAGCGCCGAAAUAUUACUGAAGCACACGUCGUUUCGGUUCAUUCGGUUUUCGACCCACUGCUGUUCCUCUUGCUCUUUCUUAAUGCUCCGCAAGGCUCUUCGUGCAGUGACAAAUUAUUCUUAUUUGCUUGAUGUGUCAGUGCAUUGAAAUAGACGCAUAUGCAUUGACCAACUUCACUUGAUUCCCAUUCUUUAGCCCGUGCACAGCGGACUGCGAGACAACAUCUUGCACUUCAGACGAACUACCGAUUGCGUAGAUGUUCUGUCCAUUAGACAGACACUUUUGAAAUCAUUUCUUUGCGUUUUGCACGCACGAGCUGUGCGCAGUGCAGGGUGGUCUCGUGAAGCAAUGGUCAGAGGUUUUCUGCAAACACUUUGAACUCGUGCAGUGGACACAUUCACACAGAGGGCGCACGAGCCAUAUUCAGAUGUGAAUGCACAAUAAACCAUUUAACUUGUCACUUUGAAGUAUUGUUGCAAAAUACUAAGACACGGACGCUGAAAUAUGCAAGUUGCUUGGAAUCAUCUAAAGUGGUAGCUCGUGCAUGCAAACUGAAGUCAUUACAGUUCUUGGAUGCACAUUUAUCGUGUUAUUUAUUCUGCAAUGAGGAUGAAAGGAAACUUUUACGUGCAUAUGGUUGUUUAAUUCUAUUCCCAUUUCCAAGUAUUUAUUUGUUCUCUCCAUCCAUCUUAAUGACUUGGGAGGAAAUAGAGACAUCGAUGAAGGAGGUGCAAACAUCUGUGUCGAUUUUAAGGAGCAUGAUGGACUUUUAAUCUUCUAAAUAAAGUGAUGCAGGCUGAGAAUUGCACAUGCUAAUAUGCGAAGAGACAUAAUUCUGAAUCUUAGUGUUUGCUCAUAAACAUUGCAUGAAGCCGCACCGGAGCGAGUUCGGUUUCUCGUACACAACGCCUUAAAAAAAAAACCUAACACUUCAGCUCGCCGCCGACAAUGGCGGAAAAGACGGAUGCAAGCAGCGAGGAUAAAUCUCGGGAAAAUUGCUCAGUCGCCGAGGAGGCUACGUGAGUUUGCGGCGAGCUUGCAUGACCGUCUGUCCCUCCCUUCACCUCCUCCAUUCGGAAAUAUACUUUGAGGAACUAAAGACUAGAACAUCUUAAAAGGGAGCAUUAAAGGUGGACUGAACAUUGAAGCAUUGCAUUGCAUGCAUGUAUCGUCCCAUGAAAGGGAAACGGGAAUCCGUCCGGAGCUCGUGAACGAGGAGAGAUUUCAUUUGCACAUCGGCUCGCGACUGCACAGGAAGGGCUAUCCUACGCGGGAUAUAUGCUUUAACACUAAACCGGAGGAAAACUAUGGCCGAUAAUGUGCUGGAAUCCGGUCCGCCUUCAGCUAAGAGGCCUAAAUUGUCUUCCCCGGCUCUGUCGGUCUCCGCGAGCGAUGGAAACGAUUUUGGCUCUCUAUUUGACCUGGAGCAUGACCUCCCAGACGAGCUCAUUAACUCCUCCGACCUGGGCCUUCCUAACGGGAUGGACCCCAGCCAGUUACACACCAGUCUGGGUGGAGGAGGGAUGUCGGGCCCUCUGGGAGGCUCGGGCCAGGACACAGCAGCCAAACACAAGCACCUGUCUGAGCUCCUCCGCCCUGGCGGCCCUCCAUCCACCUCCACGGCCGCCGGCAACCCCGGUAAUGUGCCCUCCUUGGGGAUGAUGGGAGGUCUGAGCGGCACCCCGGUUACUCAGGGACUGGGUGGCCCUCAACAGCAGCAGCCUGGCAUGAUGCCGCAGCCUGGCAUGGUGGCGGGACUGAACCGGGGCAUGAUGGGCGCCCAGAAAGGGAACGGACAGCCGCAGAGCAUGAUGGGAGGGCAGAUGAUGAAUGGUGCGCCUAGAAUGGGCUACGCCAAUGUGAACAUGAAUGCAGGCAUGGUUGGUAACGGGAACAUGCUGCCCGAUGCUCUGCAGCAGACGGCACAGGCAGCAAUGAGACCGCAGCAACCAGGAGCAGUGAACAAGAUGGGAAUGAUGGGUGCUCCAGGACCCUACGGCAGUUCGUAUGGUCAGUGCGGAGGACAGUCCCUUGGGCCUCAGCUCCAAAACAAAGCGGGUCAACCCAACAGCAUUAACCAGUUCAACAUAGACAAGAAACCUCAGCAUGGGCAGAACAUGGUCGGCAUGCAGAGCUCAGGUGUGGUGGGUGGCGUAUCGGGCCCAGGCGGGGCGGCGGCGCCCCCUGCAGCGGACCCAGAGAAGCGUAAACUCAUUCAGCAGCAGCUAGUGCUGUUACUUCAUGCUCAUAAGUGCCAUCGCAGAGAGCAGGCCAACGGAGAGGUCCGCCAGUGCAGCCUGCCCCACUGCAGAACCAUGAAGAACGUCCUUAAUCACAUGACACACUGUCAGGCCGGCAAAUCCUGCCAGGUGGCUCACUGUGCAUCCUCCAGGCAGAUCAUCUCUCACUGGAAGAACUGCACACGGCAUGACUGUCCCGUCUGCCUGCCGCUUAAAAGCGCCGGAGACAAAAGAAACCAGCAGUCUCUGCUGGGAGGUGCUGGGAUGGGCAUGGGUGGUCCGUUAGGUGGGUCAUUACCCGGUGGUCAGCCUUCAGCCCCAAACUUAAACCCACCCAGUCAGAUUGACCCAAGUUCCAUUGAAAGGGCGUACGCCGCCCUCGGACUCACCUACCAGGGCAACCAGGCAUCCAGUCAAAAUCAGCAGACCUCUGUAUCCGCUCAACCCGGCAUGAGGACGCUCAACAAUAUAGGUGGGAACUCAAUGGGAGUGAACGGUGGAGUCGGCUCUCCAAUAACGAACCAGCAUCCAGGAAUGCUGCCUGACGGCAUGCUGCACAGGAACAUGACUCCUCAGAGUCUGAUGAAUGACAGCUCUGGUGUUGGUAGCAUGGGUUCUGCAGCGACAGCCACACCUCCCUCUGCAGGAAUGAGGAAGAACUGGCAUGAAGACAUCACACAGGACCUCCGCAAUCACCUCGUACACAAACUUGUGCAGGCUAUCUUCCCCACUCCAGACCCUGCAGCACUGAAGGAUCGGCGGAUGGAAAACCUUGUAGCUUACGCUCGCAAAGUGGAGGGCGACAUGUACGAAUCCGCCAACAGCAGGGCGGAGUAUUACCACUUUUUGGCGGAGAAGAUUUAUAAGAUUCAGAAGGAGCUGGAGGAGAAGAGGAGAACCAGACUACAGAAGCAGGGUAUGAUGCCAGCUCAGCCUGGCAUGCCCAACAGUGCUCUACCUCAAGCACCAGCUGGCAUGAAUCAGGCACAGCCGCCCAAUGGUCCCCAUUCAGAUCCGUCCUUAGUUCAAGCUGCUGGACCCAAUCAGAUGGUCAACCGCAUGCAGAAUCCUGCUGGUAUGAAUCAGUUUGCCCAGGUGGGGAUGCAACAGCCAAUGGGACAAAGGGCAACGCCACCCCUGCCUAUGGGAGCAAACCUCAAUCAGAUGGGUAUGCAGGGAACACCUCGAAUGACUCAACCCAACGUACCCCAAUUACAAAACCAGUACAUGCAGAACCAGUUUCCAGGCACGGGUGCCGGACUGGGCCAGGGAGCGGUCGGCCUGAACCAACCUGCGGGGCAAGGAGCCAUGCCACAGAAUCAGAUGCCCACUCCACCAUCGCUGGCAGUCAGUAGUCCAGUAGCUCAAACCCAGGCAGCAGUCUCUGGCUCCGGAGCCGCUGUCGGCCCUCAGGGGCCUCCGUCCAACCUCGCCCCACCUGCUCCGCAGCCCGGAUUGCACACGCACUGUCCUCCCUUACGCCAAAACUCCCCUUCUCCUGCACGCAGCCUCACCCCUACCCCUGCCCCGCACCAAACGCCCCCGCAGUUUCCAGGUAACCAGACCCCCCAGCCCCACACACCCACUUCUUCAACCACUAUGGCCCCACCUUCAACGCAGCUGCCCCCGAUGGCUCCGCUACAGCAGCAGUCGCACGGGGGCGGAGCCGCUGGAGGCCCCCAAACAGGGCUAGCGUCAUCUGUGCCUUCCCAGAAUGCACACGGGCUUUGUGCACACCCACACACUCCUCUCUCUCAGAAGUCGUCUCUGACGGCUGACGGUCAGGCCUCAACUCCUGCCUCGGACAGCAGUGCUGAUCCUAGCUCACAGCUAACAUCAUCCGAGCCCACCGCCCCACUCGACCCCAAAACUGAGGUCAAACAGCAGGAAGAAGAGGAUGAGAAUGAGACCGGGGAUAAGGCCUCAGGGAAAAUGGCCGCCAUGCAGACUGAGAUUAAGACUGAGAAGGAGGAGCCUGCAGACGAUGAAUGUAAGACAGAGCCAAUGGAAACAUCGACUGGGUCGACAGCCGAGGACAAGAAGCCGGAAGUCAAAACUGAACCCAAAGAGGAAGAGGCUGCAGGAACGAACAGCACUCCCACAAACACACAAAGCAAGAAGAAAGUAUUUAAACCUGAUGAGCUCCGCCAGGCUUUAAUGCCCACUCUGGAAGCUCUGUACAGACAGGACCCAGAGUCGCUGCCCUUCCGGCAGCCGGUGGACCCCCAGUUACUGGGAAUACCCGUACGUAUUCGAACUAGUAACAAAACUAACCUGGACUACUUUGACAUAGUGAAAAACCCGAUGGACUUGUCCACUAUCAAGCGUAAGCUGGACACGGGUCAGUACCAGGAGCCCUGGCAGUACGUGGACGACGUGUGGCUGAUGUUCAAUAACGCCUGGCUGUAUAACAGGAAGACGUCACGGGUGUAUAAAUACUGCUCCAAACUGGCUGAGGUUUUUGAACAGGAAAUAGACCCCGUUAUGCAGGAGUUGGGGUACUGCUGUGGAAGGAAGUUGGAGUUUUCUCCUCAAACUCUGUGCUGCUAUGGCAAACAGCUGUGUACCAUCCCUCGAGACGCUGCAUACUUCAGUUACCAGAACAGUUCACCCAAAUAUGGGCUUCUUGCUGACAGGUACCACUUCUGUGAGAAGUGUUUCAAUGAAAUCCAGGGGGAGAAUGUAUCCCUGGGGGACGAUCCAACCCAGCCUCAAACGUCCAUCAAUAAAGAUCAGUUUCAAAGGAAAAAGAAUGACACCCUCGACCCUGAGCUACUGUUGGAAUGUGCCGACUGUGGUCGAAAAAUGCAUCGGAUAUGCGCUCUGCACAAUGAGACGAUAUGGCCGUCGGGGUUUGUUUGUGACGGCUGUCUGAAAAAAGCCAAUGCAACAAGGAAGGAGAAUAAAUACACUGCAAGGAGACUUCCUCAGACAAAGCUUGGGAGCUUCCUGGAGACACGAGUGAACGAGUACCUGAAGCGCCAGAAUCUUCCAGAAACCGGUGAUGUCACCAUCCGUGUGGUUCACGUCUCUGAUAAAGUGGUGGAAGUCAAACCUGGCAUGAAGUCCAGGUUUGUUGAUAGCGGUGAAAUGUCAGAGUCAUUCCCGUACAGGACGAAAGCUCUGUUUGCGUUUCAAGAUAUUGAUGGGACAGAUGUGUGCUUCUUUGGAAUGCAUGUGCAAGAAUACGGCUCCGACUGCCCUCCUCCCAAUCAAAGACGUGUGUACAUCUCCUACCUUGACAGUGUGCACUUUUUCCAACCCCGUCACCUGAGAACUGGAGUCUAUCAUGAGAUCCUAAUUGGAUACUUGGAGUAUGUUAAAAAAAUGGGGUUUGUCAUUGGCCACAUCUGGGCUUGUCCACCGAGCGAAGGUGACGACUAUAUCUUCCACUGCCACCCAUCGGAUCAGAAGAUUCCCAAACCUAAACGCUUACAAGAAUGGUACAAGAAGAUGCUUGACAAAGCAGUAGCUGAAAGAAUUGUGCACGACUACAAGGACAUUUUUAAGCAGGCAACAGAGGAUCGUCUGACCAGUGCGAAGGAGCUCCCAUAUUUUGAGGGUGAUUUUUGGCCUAAUGUGUUGGAAGAGAGCAUUAAAGAGCUGGAACAGGAGGAGGAAGAACGGAAGCGAGAGGAAAACAACACCUCUAGUGAAAGCAUUGACGCUACCAGUGGUGACAGCAAGAAUGCCAAAAAAAAGAACAGCAAGAAGACUAGCAAGAACAAGAGCAGCUUGAGCCGAGCCAAUAAAAAGAAACCGGGCAUGCCAAAUGUCUCCAAUGAUCUAUCCCAGAAACUCUAUGCUUCAAUGGAGAAACACAAAGAGGUUUUCUUUGUUAUCCGUCUCAUCGCUGGCCCUUCUGCUAAUUCCCUUCCACCCAUUUUGGACCCUGACCCCCUGAUGGCCUGCGAUCUGAUGGACGGACGAGAUGCUUUCCUAACGCUUGCACGAGACAAGCACCUUGAAUUCAGCUCGCUGAGGCGUGCCAAAUGGAGCUCCAUGUGUAUGCUAGUAGAACUGCACAACCAGAGCCAGGACCGCUUUGUCUACACGUGCAAUGAAUGCAAGCACCACGUUGAGACACGCUUCCACUGCACUGUUUGUGAGGAUUAUGAUCUUUGCAUCACUUGCUACAACACUAAGGGCCAUGAGCACAAGAUGGAGAAACUUGGACUGGGUCUUGAUGACGAGAGCAACAACCAGUCUGCAGGCUCCACUCAGAACCCUGGUGACUCGCGUCGUCUCAGCAUCCAACGCUGCAUCCAGUCUCUGGUGCAUGCGUGCCAGUGCCGCAAUGCUAAUUGCUCUUUGCCGUCUUGCCAGAAGAUGAAGAGAGUAGUGCAACAUACCAAGGGCUGCAAACGCAAGACCAAUGGUGGCUGUCCCAUCUGCAAGCAACUCAUUGCGCUAUGUUGCUAUCAUGCCAAGCACUGCCAGGAAAACAAGUGUCCUGUGCCCUUCUGUCUCAACAUCAAGCACAAGCUUCGUCAGCAGCAGCUGCAACACAGGCUUCAACAAGCGCAAAUGCUGCGUAGACGUAUGGCCACCAUGCAGCGAGCAGGGCAGCCGCCACCAUGUGGAGGUGGGCCUCCUGGAGGUCUUCCAUCACCCGGCAACAAUGGGGCCACAGGUCCUAGCACACCUACGUCAGUCGGUACGCAACCUGCAACGCCUCAGACACCCACACAGCUGACACCCAACCUUGCGUCUUUGCCCCAGCCUGGUGUGGGUGGAGUCCCAGCUGGAGCUCCCCAGCAGCCUCCUCAGCAUCCCGUCCACCACCAGUUUCAGCAGAUGCCAGGUGCAGGUGGGAUGAUGACCUCACCGCAGCAACAAAUGGUUCCUCAGCAACCUGUGGGACAACUCCCGCAUCCACACAAUCAGUAUGGUCCCCAUUCCACAGGUCCCUCCCCAAAUCCACAGUCGCAGGGUAAGCCAAGCCUUGGUCCUGCAACUCCUCCGCAACUCCCUAACAACCCAGGCACAGCACCUAUGUCCCAGCAACAGCAACCUUCAGGUCCUCCGCCUGCAGCUGUGGAGAUAGCCAUGAAGAUCCAGCAAGUGGCUGAUGCACAGCGAAAGAUGGCACAGGUUCAAAUGCUACACAGGCAGGCUGCGCAAGCUGGCAUUAGGCCGCAGCACCAUCAGCAGCCCCAGGGACAGAUGGGAGUAGCUCACCCUGGAAUUGGCAUGGUAGGGCCACCAGGAAUAGCCUCGCAGGCACAAACAUCAGCGAACAGAGUGCAGAUGGAACAGCAGCAAGGACCUCAGGGAAUGAUGGUGGGAGCUGGGCCCAUGCCGCAGCAGCAGCAGCAGCCUCAACAGGCAGGUGUUCAAGGCCAGAUGCCACCACAAAUGCAUCUACAGCAGCCGAGAAUGAACCCACCACUUCAGCCUCAGCAGCAACAGUGGCCAGGGCAGGGUAUGCCAACCCAGCAGAGACCUGCCAUGAUGGCUCAACCGGGAAUGGUUGCAAUGCAGCCCCCUCCACAGCAGCAACAACCACAACAAAUGCAACAACAGCAAGCACCCCAAAUGCCGAAUCGAAAUGCCUUGAUGAGUAUGGUGCAGGCUGGUCUGCAGAGUUGCGUAGUAAGUGGGGCAGCAGCUGGCAAUCUGCCUCAGGGAGCCUUGCAGGAUCUUUUGCGGACCCUGCGAUCUCCAAGCUCUCCUCUACAGCAGCAGCAAGUCCUCAACAUUCUUCGGUCUAACCCACAACUAAUGGCAGCAUUUAUUAAGCAGCGGGUUCACAAGUAUAAAGUUGGCCCCGCUGUACCACAGGGUGGGCCAGGACCAAUGGGAGGCCAGCCAGUGAGUGUCAAUACUGGGGUGCCCCAGCCUCGCAUGCACCUUGGACAGGGUGUUAACAUGCAGACUCAAAUUUCUCAGCUCCAAAUGCAACAGCGGCCGCUACUGCAGCAGCAGCAGCAAGUAGCUGCCUUGCAGCAGCAACAACAACAACAGCAGCAACAGCAAGGAAUUCAGGGUCAGGGGGUUCCAAACAUGGCCAACAUGAAUCCACAGUUCAGAGAUCUGGUCAUGAGAAGGCAACAGCAACUACAGUUUCAGCAGCAACAACAACAGCAGCAGCAGCAACAAAUGAGUAAUCACGCAGCAUUCCAACAGCAGCAAGGUUACGUGGGUCAGCAGGGUAACAUCCAAGUCCCGCCAGGAGGUCAACCACUACAAGGUGUGCAACCUGGCCAGCAGCAGAGUUUUCCAGGCAACCCUGCGCAACAGCAAGCUGCAGCUGUCUUGCAACAGAGGCUUGCACAGCAACACCAUCUAAAGAUGCAACAGCAGCAGAAUGCAGCAUCACAAGGUCCCGACGUGGGGCAUGGAGGAGGUCCGCAGCCCACACAAGGAGGUCCCAGUCUUCAGACAUCACAGGCAUUAUUGCAACAGGCUUUGCAUCAGCGUCUGCUUCAACAGCAGCAACAUCUCAGUGGCACCUCGCCGGCACAGCAGAACAACCCCAUGAGCCCGCAUCAGAUGUCUCAGUCACCCCACUUGCAGGGCCAACAGCUCCCAUCCUCCCUCAGCAACCAGGUCUGUUCCCCUCAGCCCUCCCCACGACCCCAGUCCCAGCCACCUCACUCAAGUCCGUCCCCGCGCCUGCAACCACAGCCCUCGCCCCACCACAUCUCACCUCAAACCCAAAUGGGUUCUCCGCAUCCCAGCCACCUUCAGCAGCAUCACUCAGGCAUGGCUCCACCUCCUCCACCUCCCCAACAGCCACAGCACAACUCUAAGGACCCAAGUGGAUUUGGUGCAGAUCAGAACGCCAUGCUAUCUCAGCUCAGUGGCUUGGCAGGACUCCACGGACCUGGAGCUAAUGAUAUGCCGCCCCCUAGUGGCCAGGACCUUGGCAUUAACAUGAAUAACCCUUUAGACAUCAUAUAGUUAUCACAAAUUUCACAAAACCCCCACCAGAGACAGUGUUAGCUUUUUUUUUUUUUAUACUACAAGGAUGAAUUUUGUGUUUUUCAUCAUAAAUGCUUUGAAAAUGGACCCGCCUAGAGAGAUAGCAAAUAAGUAUAGGGGUUUUCUUUUUUUCUUUUGCCAGUUGUGUACAAAGAGAGGAUUGUUUCUCAGCCUCAGAGAACAAACCACAAGUAAUAUUUUCUAUGUCAGGUCCAGGGGAGAACUUUUCCUUUUUCAAGAGAUAUUUUUUAAGAUUUUAAAAGUGGUAUAAAAUUAAAGCGCAAAUGAUUAAGGACUUUUUAUAUAUAUUGUUUCACCAUGUACCAGUCUCUGUUAUGUGAUUUACGGAGUCAUAUGGAACAUUUCAAACAUUGUGAUGCCUAUAUUAUUAUAAUUAUCUGAACAUCAUGCAUACCUUCCUUGUAAAUUUUGAGUUUUGCAUUUUAUUUAUUCUAGCUUUUUUAUUUUGUUGUCAUGAUGGGUUUUGUUCAUGUGUGUUCCCAGAGACUGCUACAGUUCACAUAGAAUAUAUUUUUGUUAAUACCUAUUAAAAUGAGGAGCUAUUCCUUUACUUAAGCUGGAGAUUUAGGUUAUUGAGUAUAAUAUAAAUUACAGUGUUCGGGUUUGGUGAGCGCUCCGCUGCCCAAUGGAUCUUAUUUCAUGCCAUAUUGGAAAUUCCAUUGGACAUCACUUCUUUUGCAACAGGACAAGUUCGUAGAUGCAGACACCCACCCUCAGAAUGUGUAUGCACUCCUUAUAAGAUGGUUAGUGGAGAUGUCUGUACUGGUUGGAUGAAAGUUGUGUGUGUAUAUAUAUAUGUAUAUGUGUGUGUGUGUGUGUGUGUGUAUGUGUGUAUUGGAUGUGGUGCUGGAGUUCAUCAGCUCAUGUGCUCAAAAUCAUGUUAAGCAGCGUUUCACAUAUGAACUGUAUGGCGCAGUGAAACGAUGGAGGAGAGGAGAGCCACUGAUUUCACAGUUUUUCGUCCUUCUUCAGUACCACUGAUUUUCCUCCACUUCCAGAAUCUUCUUUGCUCUGAACUUUGGGAGUUUUAUUUGAAUAUUUUGUACUGUACAAAGGAAACACGAACUGUGGACUUACU